AGGGCUGGCGAGCAGCAGCCGGCUGGGGGAGGGGGGUAUCGGCGCACGGCGGAGUGCUACGCUCUGAGAGCCUGGCACCCGGAGUAGCCGCUUCCCCCUCCCCCUGCCAAGAUCUCUAGAAGCCCCUUCUCAUCUAUUCUCCCUGGGCCGGGGCAAGCUGGGCUGAGGUAUCCCAGGCGGGCGGGGCAGAGCCCAGAGCCCCAUCAAGAGCGCUGCGGAGCGAACCUCACCUCCUUUCCUGGGUGCAAGUGUGAGCCAUUGUCCCAUGGUGUGUUGAUGCUGGUCUGCCAUGCUUGCCUGUCUGCCAGGGCCAGGGGACCUGUCCUUUCAGCUUCUUUCUCACACGCAGAUGAACACUGGACUUCAGAAAUGGGACACUACACAGAAAAUGAGAACUGCUCACUAUCCUACCCCAGCCGAAUUGGACGCGUAUGCUAAGAAGGUCGCAAACAACCCACUGACUAUAAAAAUCUUCCCCAACAGUGUGAAGGUUCCCCAGCGGAAACACGUUCGUCGUACUGUGAACGGCCUCGACACAUCAGCCCAGCGCUACAGCCCCUACCCGACUCAGGCUGCCACCAAGGCAGGCCUGCUUGCCAUUGUCAAAGUGCCAGCCAAAAGCAUACUCAAGGACUUUGACGGCACCCGAGCCCGGUUACUCCCUGAGGCCAUCAUGAACCCCCCAGUGGCACCCUAUGCUACUGUGGCACCCAGCACUUUAGCCCACCCCCAGGCCCAGGCUCUGGCCCGUCAGCAGGCCCUGCAGCAUGCACAGACCCUGGCCCAUGCCCCUGCCCAGACGCUGCAGCACCCUCAGGGUAUCCCGCCGCCACAGGCACUGUCUCACCCUCAGAGCCUCCAGCAGCCUCAGGGCCUGGGCCACCCUCAGCCCAUGGCCCAAGCCCAGGGCUUGGUCCACACUCAGGCCCUGGCCCACCAGGGUCUCCAGCACCCCCCCAACCCCUUGCUGCAUGGAGGCCGGAAGGUGCCAGACUCAGAUGCUCCCCCGAAUGUGACCGUGUCUACCUCAAGUAUCCCCCUUUCGAUGGCGGCAACCCUGCAGCACAGCCAGCCCCCGGACCUGAGCAGCAUCGUGCACCAGAUCAACCAGUUUUGCCAGACGAGGGCAGGCAUCAGCACUACCUCAGUGUGUGAGGGCCAGAUCGCCAACCCCAGCCCCAUUAGUCGCAGUCUGCUCAUCAAUGCAAGCACGCGGGUCUCGACCCACAGCAUCCCCACACCAAUGCCUUCCUGUGUGGUCAAUCCCAUGGAGCACACCCACGCGGCCACAGCCGCACUGCCUGCUGCAGGCUCUGUCAACCUGCCCACAGGCAUCUCUCGAGCCCCUGCUGGCUACCCUAGGGACCUCAAGUCAGUUGCCUGGAACCAGCACCAGCUGGCCCACCUACAACAGAUGUGCAGCGAGGCUGGUGGGACACAAGCCCCUGGCCUGGCAGGCAAGCACGCAGCAGGACGCGAGUUGGCAGGGCCUGGCUUUGUGGGCAAAGCCCCUGCUUACCCGCAGGAACUCUGCCUGGCGCAGUCCUUCCAUCUGAAGCCACCCCUGGAGAAGCCGACCCCAUCCCCACCAGUCAACGGCCUGGCAGCCCCACUGGCCUAUCCUAAUGGUCACUACUUUCAACCCCUAUGGAACAACAUUCUGCCCACUCCCAAUAGCGACAGCUCAGGGUCUCAGGACCUUGCCAUGCCUUUCCACGGCGGGCAGGCCACAGGUGCACCCCUUGACUGUGCAGCAGCUCCUGGGGCCCACUACCGAGCAGGGACUGGGGGUGGUCCAGUGGCAAGCCAGAACAGCUUGAUGCAAACAGUGGAUUACCUGAGUGGGGAUUUCCAGCAGGCCUGCUUCCGAGAACAGAGCCUGGCCGUGCUGAGCAAGGCCCACCGAGCCCCUGGCAGCCGAGCCCCUGACCCCACAGAUAGUCGAAGUCUUCAUAUUCAGCAUCCGGGGUAUAGAUAGGGAGGCGUGGUACUUUCCUGAAGCAACAUGUCAUACAUUGCCCUCCUAGGUUUAGUCUUACUUUUAAGUAACUGGAUAGUUUCAAAGUUUCGCUGCUCCAGUGUGAUCAUUCUUAGAUGUCUAAGGAAGGGAAUGUGUCAGGAACUAAAGUGAGGCAGAAGUCCUCCUCUUAUCCUCCCCUUCAGCAACUUCUGUUUUUAUGUUAGAACCUAACUCAUGCCCUAGGCUUUUCUAUUCUCCACUGCCUGCCUGUGAGGCUCUCCACCUCAGCCAUCUCAGACCAUCCUCCCAUCUUUUCCUGAACCUCUGCCUGUUUCCCUUAGAACUGGGGUAUGACUAAAGGAAGGGGCCUACGCCCCUAAACUCUAGGCCCUUUGACUCUCUCUUUGGGAUUAAGAAGCCAGACUUUCCAAGUGCUCUGGAAACUUAAUUCCUUAUUCACCCAAAGAUCUCAAAUCAAAACUAACCCAAUCUUCAUCUCUUCCCAGCUCCUUUCCCUUACUCAAGGCCAUAGCCUUGAAAAAUGGAGAAAAACACUUUCUGUUGGUGUCUUGGUUCCUGACUCUCCUUCCAGACUUAGAGAAAUGCGGUGGGCAGCUGGCAUCCCAAGAUCCGGUCUCACUGUUGUCUGUCUCCUAACUUAACUGCUGUUAUCCCUACCUCCCCUCUCCCAUCAAAAAAAAAAAAAAGCAAAAAAAGCAAAAAAAAAAAUAAUAAAACUACCUUGAGAAAUUAGAUAGAUGAGGGAUGAUCACAUUGGAGUUUGAAAUUAAAAAACACCAAAAAAAAUUUUUUUAAAACGCAUUUGGUUCUCCCUACACUGGCUAAGAAUAUUGCUCUACACUGUAUGUUUUAAAUGUCAUGUUUCUGUAUGAAUGGAGUGAGUUUGAGUAGCAAGCAGUUUGUAUGAGUGGCCCCACAGAUACAUUGACCCUCUUAAUCACCUCCCUUUGCAGCCCCUCAGAUUAAUGGAGAAAAAACAAAAACACAAAGCCUUAAGCUCUUUGAAUUCUCUACCAAAUGAGCAUAGUUGUAAUCUGCUGGAGAUGGGCCUUUAUUGGAAACAGCCCCUCCAGCCCCUGCCCGUUCUUAGAGCACUCCCUGCAUCUGCUCCAUGCUCUGUCUCAUUCCUGAGUGAUAAUUAGUUGGCUAGAAAUAUAACUUUUCUCUGUAACUUCAAACUUAGAUUAUAUUUUAUUGUAAAUCUUUGCACCCCUCUUCAGUUAAAAGAUGCAGUUGGGCUCUGACUUUAAAAAACAAAAAAACAAGCCCUUUUCCUCGUUUGGGGGAAUGUGAACUGAUACUUAAAGUUUUGGGUUCUGUUUACUAUCCACUCUUCCUUAGCCAGAAAUUCUCUAGUAAUCUGAAGCAGUGUGACUGAAGACCAGUUUUUAAAUUAUGUGUUGGCAAGUUGCCUUAUGUUAACAAAAAAAGCCUGAUUGUGUUAUGCCAAAUGAUAGCAACAUGAAAUUCUGAUUUAUUGUCCUAAUUGUUUUCCUGCGGUCUGUGAACACUGGUACCUCCCUGUUCCUGAACCCUCAGGAGCCCCUGCAGCUUCUGGUACAAUGCCUUCUCCCCGGGUGUUGACCACCGUCUUUCCCAGGGUCCCCCUCCAGGUCCCACUUUUUGGAAUCAAACUUACAGAGCAGUGCUGUCUCCCUUACCUCUUGCUUGGCGUCCAAA